AUGAAUAUUAACAGAAAAGACGAUGAUAGAGAUAAUGUUAAUAAAGGCUCAGUAGAUGACAAUGAUAAGAGAGUCAAAGACGAUGAUAGAGAGAUUAUAAGCGAUAGAUUAAAUAAACUUGGUUGUUCAUCAUCUACCGAUUUCGGUAUUAACAAAAUACAAUGUUGUUUUUUUAGCUAA